CUCCCUCUGCCGAGUCUCGCGGAGAGCAUCAGACUGCACCUUUUCCUUCUCAAGAGAACGGAAAGAGAGAGAGAGAUUGAGUCAGAGAGAGGAAGCGCGAGAGAGGAAAAGGAGAGCGCGAGAGAAAGAAAAAGAGAGAGCGAGAGAGAGAGAGAGAGGGAAAGCGCGCGCGCGAGGGGGAGACCAAUAGCACCUUGUCGCCUGGAGGCGAGCCUGUGAUAAUUUUGUCCCUGUCCGGUAGACCGACUCUAUCUACCACCGGGCGAGCGUGUGCUGUUUCCUCUCUCGCGGCUUCCAGGUUCUUCUCUUCAAAUGGGAAGGUAAAAUCGAUGAGUCGCGCGCGCCGCACUGUUGCCACGGGGACCAAAGGAUGUGCUUGAGGUCGCUGGAGAGAGUGAUGACGUGGCAGUGAGAGACACACAUACCCUCACUUGUACUCGCAUACACUCACAAACACACACACAUAUUGGCCCACACACACACACUUUAAGUCUUGCCCUACUAAGACAGGAAAGAGGGGGAGAAAAUUCAGCUAUGACGGGGUCAUUUCUCUCCAUUACCAAUGUGUGAGCCACAAACCCACACACACACGUACUCCGUGGGGAGUUGCCUUCAUGGGGGAUAAGGCCCUAUCUAGGGCACAAAGAUGGAGUUUGCAUCCUAUUUGUCAUGUCUCUAACACUCACACAGAUGCACUCACAAAUACACAGAUCCAGAGUCUCAUAUGUGAGAAGUGAAAAAUGAAAGACUGAAUGGAGAGGAUACACUGAGCAUCCCAGAGAAGACAAUAACACGGUGUAGGCUUAUAGGGAAAGAAGAUUCCCAUAACUACCGAAGGUCGGAGGGAACCGCAGUUUGGCCCUCUUCUUCAAUGUGUUGUCACUUCCUGUUUUAAAGAGAACCCCUGUAAAAGCAGGGCACACCAGAGACACAGAAAGUGUUCAACGAAGUGCCCUACAGUUGUCACCAUGAGCUGUAGGCUAGAGGGAACAUCCCAGCUCUAGCCUCCAUCUCCAGCCGUGUGUGUGUGUGAGUGUGAGAACGAGUGUGUGCAUGACUGUGAUGGCAGUGUGUGUUUGGGCGGCAGCCCCCCUACUUUUCUUGGGGCUGUGCCUGUGCAGUGUUGGGGGUCAUGCCCAAGGCGAGGUCCUGGAGUUUGGAGGCGUGUCCAGCCAGUGGGGGCGGUUCCCAGUGUGGAAUGCCUGCUGUGAAAGCGUGCUGAGCUUCAGCCUGCGGACUCACAGCCAGGAGGGCCUGCUGCUUUACCUCGAUGAUGAGGGCUUCUGCGACUUCCUGGAGCUGUUGCUUCUCCAUGGCCACCUCCGCCUGCGUUUCUCAAUUUUCUGUGCUGAGCCAGCAGAGCUGCAGUCAGGCGUGGCGGUGAGUGACGGUCACUGGCAUGCAGUGCGUGUAAAACGGGACUGGAGGAACACCUCGUUGGAGGUGGAUGGACGACUGGAGGGAUGGGCAGAAGUGAAGAGCAAAAGAAGAGAUAUGACAGUUUUCAGCCACACCUUCAUGGGCGGGGUGACACCAGAACUCCACUCCUCGCCACUGCGCCUUACAUCCCCUUCUGUGCGGGAACAUCCCGCCUUCCGUGGCUGGAUCACGGCAGUUAGCAUCAACGGCUCACUAGCGACGGUGGACAGCUCAGAGGGUGUCACGGUAACAGCUGGAUGUGGGCCGGACCACCAGUGCCAGAAUGGAGGGGUGUGUAGUGUGGUCAACGACCAGGCCGUCUGCGACUGCUCCGACACCGGUUACCAAGGCAAUGACUGCAGCGAAGGUAAGGCCCAGUACCAUGCUAACCCAUCAUUAACAUCUCAUCUUUUACGUACACAGUUACAUACCCCAUACACAAACAAACAUGCACAUGCAAAUACAGUUCAAUGCCAAACACAGGUGCUGCAGUAG